AUGGAACCAACGCCUCCACAAGAAUAUUCAUCGGACUCUAAAGAGAACGAGAUCAUUGAAGUUAGUUCUCUCAAAGACAACAAGCAAGAAUUAGAUCAUGACUUAUUCAAUGACAAACCAGACUUUUCUGCCGCUUCUAUAAAAGGGUACUUUGGUACUAGACUUUCAACCUUGUUAGAUUUACCUUUAUACCACACGGAGGAAAAAUGGAAUCAAGUAAUCAACCCAAUCCCAGGGUUAAAAGAAAUGACCCGUAGUGAUUGGAACUUCUACUUCAUGGGAUUUUUCGGUUGGGUAAUUGAUUCAAUGGAUUUCUUUUGCGUCUCAGUUGCUGCUCCAGAUAUUGCGGUUGCUUUAGGUGUUUCUGUUACUGACAUUACUUGGGGUGUCACAUUAGUGCUUAUGCUUAGAUCUGUAGGUGCGGUCAUAUUUGGUAUUGGUGCUGAUUACUUUGGUAGAAAGUGGACUUAUAUUAUUAUCGCAUCUUGUUUUAUCGCUGUCGAGAUUGGUACUGGGUUUGUUCAGACCUAUCACCAAUUUUUGGGUGUAAGAGCAUUGUUUGGUAUUCUCAUGGGUAGUAUGUAUCCUGUUGCUAUGGUUACUGCAUUGGAAGGACAACCAACCAAAGCUAGAUCAGUUCUUUCGGGAUUAUUCUUACCAGGGUAUAAUGUUGGUUAUAUAUUAGCCAUGGUAUUUUAUCGUGCUUUCGCUAGUACAUAUAAACCAGGAGAAGGUUGGAGAUCACUUUUCUUCUUCUCAGCUGGGUUAUCAGUUAUAUUGAUUGUUUGGAGAAUGUGCUUUCCAGAAUCUCCAGACUUCAUUAAGAUGCAAGAAAAGAAGAAGAAAUUCAAUCAAGAUAUUGAAAAAGGUGGUGGGGUCUUAAAGAAAUUUGAUUACAGUGUUUUUGUUACCCUUAGGACUGAAUGGUUGAUGUUCCUUUAUCUCGUUCUUUUGUAUGCUGGUUGGAAUUUCACUACCCAUGGGUCUCAAGAUUUAUAUGUCACUCUUUUGACUAAGCAAUUCAAUGUCAGCUUAAACCAAAAAACUAUCAUAAUUGUCGUCAGUAAUCUUGGUGGGAUACUCGGCGGUAUUAUUAUGGGGUCAGUUUCGGAACUUUUUGGAAGAAGAUUAACUGUCAUAAUCUGUAUGCUUUGGUGUGGUGCUUUCCUUUAUCCAUCCUUCUUCAAUGCUGACAAGAAUUGGUGGGCAUAUGUUUUCUUAACCGGUGGUGUUAUGGGUUCAUGGGGGGUUGGUCCAAUUCAUCUUUUAGAAUUAGUGAAUUCGACUCAUAGAGCGUUAUUAUCUGGUUUAGCUUAUCAAUUGGGUAAUUUGGUUUCUUCAGCUUCCGCUACUAUUGAAGCAAAAAUUGGAGAAAGGUUCCCAAUUAAAGGUGGUGCCCCAGGAAUGUAUGAUUAUGGUAAGGUUAUGUGUAUUUUCUCAGGUGCAGUCUUUGCUUAUAUGAUAGUAUGUAUUUUCCUUGGACCAGAAAGAUUCCACAAGGAAUUAAGACUAGCCCAUCACGGUGAUGAUGAUGAAGAAGAAGAAUUGUCUUCGGAAGAAGAGAGAGUGGUGGUGGAAACUUCAGGAAGUGAAAACCAUGCUAAAGUUUAG